AUUUAUUUGACUGAAUCUCUCAGUUGACCAUUGGGAGGAGGUGAAUCCUGCGUCUGGGGACUUCGCCGCUCUAGUACGGCAACCUGAUUGACAAACAUCACCAACGCCCAUAAACUGGAUAUAGGAAUGAGUCGAGUCGUGAAAAGAGUCUAUUUCUUAGAUAAUUGAGAAAAGAUACACCCUUUUCUGCGCACUCCUCGUGUAAUAGCGCUUGUUCGACUGUUCAAUAGGGACGAGUGAUUUCAGACUAUUGAACUCUCGUUCUGCUCCUUUUGGAUUUUGGAUUGUUCUUUUCGCCGUGUGCUUUCUUUCAUCUCUAGGCUACUGUCCAUUUGCGUCCAUCCAAAAUGGCAACAAGAAUCGAUAAAGAGGCUUGCAGGGAAGCUUAUAACCUCGUCAGAGACGAUAACACGGAGAUAAACUGGUGAGUGUGUUUAAAUUAGUUGUGCAUAGGCAAUUGUGGGCAUCUGAGAUUUUACACAGCAUCCUAAGAAUGUAGUUGAGUCUGCAUUUAUAAAAUCCACAGCAAUGGGUGGAUGAUCAGUGUGCACUUAUCAUUCAUUUACCUAGUGUUUCAUUUGAAUCAUUGUUUCUCUCCUCCCUAAAAAAUAUCUCUCUUAGUCAUGCCCCGGUACCCUGAAUUAUUAGACUAACUUCCUUUGUCUAUCCAAGAGGUACAGUGAUAGUGACCCGCAUUUGACACAUCGGUUUUUGAAUGAAUAGCCUACUUUAGCCUGGUCACUACAUUGUAGUCGCAUCCGAUAGAUGUCUGAUGAUGGACGUGGACACGCAUUAGUGGAGUAGAGUGGCAUGGAGGAUCACUGAUCUUUUUGACAGACAGGGCCCAAAUAUUCAAUUUGACAUGGCUGUAAGGUCAGUGCAUUUUAAUUAUUUAAUGUAUUGUGCAUUUUAUGUUGUUUUAGGGCAGCGUUUAAAUAUGAGGGCCAUAUGAUUGUGCCGGCGGGCCAGGGGACAGAUUAUGAAGAAUUCAAGAGUCAGUGCACAGGUAAGGCCAGGAUUUCAUUCAUUUUUGUGCCUAUGCGGUUAUUUCAAAUUGACCACAAUGUUCCUGCAUAACGGCAACAGCGCUGUAAUACAGACCACACACAACAUUUUAACGACUUUUACGGGCUACACGCUUCAGCACUCGCGGUCCUGUUCUGUGAGCUUGUGUGGCCUACCACUUUGCGGCUGGGCAGUUGUUGCUCCUAGACGUUUCCACUUCACAAUAACAGCACUUACAGUUGAUUGGGGCAGCUCUAGCAGGGCAGAAAUUUGACAAACUGACUUGUUGGAAAGGUGGCAUCCUAUGACGGUGCCACGUUGAAAGUCACUGAGCUCUUCAGUAAGGCCAUUCUACUGCCAAUGUUUGUCUAUGGAGAUUGCAUGGCUGUGUGCUCGAUUUAUACACCUGUCAGCAACGGGUGUGGCUGAAAUAGCCAAAUCCACUAAUUUGAAGGGGUGUCCACAUACUUUUAUGUGUGUAUAUAUAGUGUACGUUCAGCCUCUUCCGAAUUGAAGAAAAAUUCGCAGGAGGGUGUUUCCGUUUAUUAAUUAAUUUUUUUUGGGGGGAAGUCUGGCUUCCCUUGGCACCCAUGAUUACACGCCACUGCAGUAGGCUAGUAGGCUACUGGGUCGUCACUAGUUAACACAUCCACAAAGUCAUAUUUAUGGCUAAACCCAGCCUAUUUCUACAAUUUCUGUUUUUAAAAUCUGAUUUUAACCCUAACCACACUGAUAACCUUUUGCCUAACCUUAAAUUAGGCUAUGACCAGAAAGCUAACCUUUGUUUUCAUUAAUUUUUACAAUAGGCCUAUAGCCAAUUGUGACUUUCUGGCUGUGGUAACUAGUGACAACCGAAGGACUGAGAUCCCAAAGACAGUAGGCCUACAGUAUGAAGAUAGGCAGAAACUGCUUCUCCAAUAAAAUCCUCGAUCACACUUGUAGGCGAUGUCAUGGCGACGUUGGCUACUAAGCUCAUGGGCAGAAACAUCAUCGGGUCUAACGGUUGUCUCGCACGCACCGAACUGCGCAUGCGCUCCUUCGAUAUAACAUUUUUGUUUUACGAAAAUGAAAACGUGUCAGUUUGUCACUUUCACGAGGUUGGAGUAAUAACAUCUUCAACUACUUAAAAUAAUAAUAAUAAUAAUAAUAUGCCAUUUAGCAGACGCUUUUAUCCAAAGCGACUUACAGUCAUGCGUGCAUACAUUUUUGUGUAUGGGUGGUCCCGGGGAUCGAACCCACUACCUUGGCGUUACAAGCGCCGUGCUCUACCAGCUGAGCUACAGAGGACCACAAGGACAAAAUAUUGUCUCGAAUCUAGGUUGUGCCUUUAGAUUUCGAGAAAAUUAACAAUAAGGAAGACUUGUUUUCACUUCUCUCAUUGACUUCUCAAACCACAAACCCCAAACCCCGGCCUGGUGUCCUUGGUCUGUUCCCGGAAUCUGUCCGGUGACUUCAUAUGGAGGUAGGCCUUUCUUAGUUCUUAAAAAGUGUGUAGGCCUAUAAGUUUAUAUCAAUAAUAUUGAAGUUGUUCCAUCUGUUUCUUAUGCGCAGCGCAGUGUCUUAUUCUAGUCAGGACAUAGUGCAAAAUGUGUCCAUUCCCACGGGGGCCAGUAUGAAAAAAAUAAAAAAAAGUAUGUAUGCACUCACUAACUGUAAGUCUCUCUGGAUAAGAGCGUCUGCUAAAUGACUAAAAUGUAAAAAUGAGCAAAUCAUGCUGUCAACACCCUCCCCUCACACACUCUCAUCCCCCUAAUAAGAUAUGGUCUUUGCUAUAUGGGAUCCUUGGUACGUCCAUACCUCAUUGAAGUUUAAAUGUAAAUUGAUAAGGGUUAAGGUUUGGGUUAUGGUUAAGGUAAGGGUAGGGUAGGGUUUAGGGUAUGGAUGUCCUAAGGAUUCCAGAUAGCACUAAUCAAUAAGAUACUGAAGUGUUGGGCGUGGCGUGUAAAAACUCCAGUGCUGUUGCACGCCUGUAUUGCCCCAGGCUGUAGUUUUGUUUCAGGGUUUACAUUCCAGUGAUGAAAUACUAAUUUAUUACAAUCUAGGCCUAUUACUGAUUUUAUUAUAUUAUUUAAAUAGGACUGAUGUAUUACUAUACUAACUACCCAAAUAGUAGGCCUACACCUCGCUGUCCAUCCUGGUCUCAGAGCAUUUCGUAUUAUUCUGUAUAAGUAAAUACGGACACUCCAUUUAGUAUAUGUUACAUUUCGUAUGGUUUGUAUUAAUUAGUGGAUGUAUAUUAUCCAUUUCGUAUGAUAUGUUAUGAAUUACAGUUUGUAUGAUACGUUACAAAUUUUCUAAAUGUACAAUAUGUUAUGAAUUUUCAAAAGGUAUGAUAUGUUACUAAUUCCAAUUAGUUGUGGCUAACGUUGGCUGGGUGGCUAACGUUAGGUAGCUGGCUAAAGUUAGCUAGGCUAGGGGUUAGGAUUAAGGUUAGGAGUUAGGUUAAGGUUAGGGUUAGAGGAAGGGUUAGUUAAAAGGGUUAACAUUAGGGGAAGGGUUAGCUAACAUGCUAACUAGUUGCAAAGUAGUAAAUAGUUGAAAAGUUGCUAAAAUUCUAAAGUUGUCCGUGAUGAGAUUCGAACACGCAACCUUUGGGUUGCCAGACGUUCGCGUUCCACCCACCCUCCUUUUGUGGUUGCCUUAAAGAUGCACUAUGCAGAAAUCUCUCCGCCAUUUCCUGGUUACUAAAAUUCUGAUAGUUCGCCCAAUUUUAGUUUAUGUGACAAAACCGCAACUAUAGUGUAGAGAAUCUAUAGUGUUUACUAUCUAAACCGCUCUGAAAUAUAUUUGCCAUUUGAAGCUGUAAAAGCCGCAAAAACGAAACUUAAGAACGGGAAGCAUAGAAAUAAUGCACAUAGAAGAGAUCUACCGCUUCUUAGACUUGCUUUCAAUGAGAAUGAAAGAUUUAUAAUAUCUCACAUUUCUAUGUGAAUUUGGUUGGGUCGCCCAAAAAGUAAGUAACCUUCUGUUUUAUGUAACCAUACCAAACGUAAUUUAUCAUAAUAAUUUGAGUGUCCCUGAUUUACAUUUACCAUGUUACCUCUAGUGUAGGAGACCAGGCUUGGUUGUCCCAUACUACCAUAGUCUCUCAUCACUCUGAACCUUGUCUUUGCCCAAUGGAUAUUGUUGCUCUAAUCUUACUGUAUAAAACGUUUCAUACAUUCUAAUUAAUCUGCUUUAACAGAAACUGUGAAAGUCUCAUCCUGUCUUUGAGGGCUUGACCACAGACUGUUGCACUAAGAAGGUGAACAUUGCAUCAUGUUGUUUAGAUAGACUGAGUGUUCUAAAGGAAUCACCUGUCUUAUCAACUAAAGGUCUAAACUCAAGCAUUCUAUUUGUCUUUUUGCUGCAUCAUCAUAGUCUCAGUAGUGCAGCUGUUUUCUGGACCCUUGUCAUGACAGCUUUGUCAGCACAACUAAAAGGGAAGGCUUUAGAGGGAAGAUAUUUUGAGCUUAGUCUGAUACACCAGGAAGUUUACGACAGGGGAAGUCAGGCUUGGUACUCAACACUUUUAUAUGCUUAUUCAUUACUUGUCAGCCUUACGCGCUUCCACAAUGUGACAAAUAUAGAAACAAGCACAAAAAAAGUUUAUUUUUAUUUAAGUGCUAGAAACAUUGGUCGUUAUACAGAGAAACAGUAUAGGCCUUUGUGUGGUCUGGUGGAUAUCACAGUUCAUUCAGGUGACAUGUAGGGGACUCCUGUAUGGGGAGGUGUUGAAACUAGCGAUGGCCUUUGACACCAUGCUGAUAAGUUUUAACACUGAUUCUUGUUAAUGCACAAUAGAGCUUUUAGUCUGAUAGACGUGUGCUGCUUCUGAAGCUUUGCCAGGAAAGUCUCUAUCAGUAAGGCACAGAUAAACACAGAUAUCAUGCCUAGAUUGUGCCAAUCAGUGCAUUAUUAAGGGUAAUGAAGGGACAGGGCCUGGUCCAGAGCAGACUCAACCCAGAAUCACUGCCUCCCCAGUCCCCUCGGUAUUGCUCACAACUCCAGCCUCUUUGAUUGAACCUGUUGACCUGAAUACCUUCCCCUUUUUCUCGUACUUACAGAUUUACCCCACUUUUGGUAUUUGGCAGUGUCGCCAUAAUAAGCCAAUAUUCCCUGCCUGUGUUCAUACUUCUUACAGCAGCAUAGAAACACUCUCACAAAGCUCAAUCAACUCGCAGUACACAGGAAUCAGGCCUUGCCAAUUGCUGGCUCAAACAUGGUGACAAAUCCAUUUAUUUAACAACUAUACCAUAAUUACCUGUCAUGUGACAGCUGGGAAUGGAAAUGGUCUGCGGUGUCAUCAGCCUCUGCAGGUUUCUGCCUGUCUGAUGGUCAGUCUCAUCUCUGACUGACUGCUGCUGUCUCAUCUCUCUCCCUCUCUCUCUCUCUCUCUCUCUCUCUCUCUCGCUCGCUCUCUCUGUGUGCCUCUCUCUCACUCUCUGUGCCUCUCUCUCUCUCUCUCUCUCUCUCUCUCUCUCUCUCUCUCUCUCUCUCUCUCUCUCUCUGUGUGCCUCUCUCUCUCUAACUCUCUCUCAGAUGAUGUGCGUCUCUUUGGCUUUGUGCGGAUCACAACGGGUGAUGCCAUGAGCAAGCGGGCCAAGUUCACCCUCAUCACCUGGAUAGGGGAAAAUGUGAGCGGCCUGCAGCGUGCCAAGAUCAGCACUGACAAGACACUGGUGAAAGAUAUUGUCCAGGUUAGUGACUCUCUGUUCUCACCCAUACUCACAUGCUUUUUUAAAACAAAUACUACAGACAAACAAAUGUUUUCAUAAAUGUGCUGUUAAAAUACAAUACAGUAAAUUGAAUGGCAAAUAAAGUACAACACAAUUUGGCUGUGCCAUCUCUCUAGCUUCUUUUGUCUUCCUUGUCCAACACUCUCUCACACAUUCCUUUUUCUGUCACCUUCUCCCCCUCUCCUCUCCUCUGUUUGUCUCCUGCAGAACUUUGCCAAGGAGUUCAUGAUCAGUGAUGCUCGUGAGCUAGAGGAGGACUACAUUCGCACUGAGCUGAAGAAGGCAGGCGGGGCGAACUAUGACGCCCAGGGAGAGUAAAGCAAAGUCCACCAGGGCGGGGCAGG